AUGCACAAACUCCAAAUAUACAAGUUCCAUAUCCACAAAUCUACAAACCUCAAACCCAAAAACCACAAAUCCAUGAACCCACAAUCACCAUAUCGACAAACGAACAAACCCCAUACCAACAAUCUCAAACCCAAGAACUCCAAACCCACAAACCCCAAACCCACAAGCUCUAAAUCUACAAAAGCACAAACACGAAACCCUCGAACCCCAAACCUACAAACCACAAAACCACAAGCUCCAUAUCACGAACAAACAAACCCCAAACCAUCAAUCUCAGACCCACAAACCCUAAACCCACAAGGUCCAUAUCCACAAACAUGCAAACCCCAAACCAUCAAUCCCACACCCACGAACCCAAACAGGUGCACCCACAAACCUCAAACUAACAAACCACAAACCCAAUAA